CCCCCACAAUUUAAAAAGAAAAAUACAAUUUUUUUCCCUCGAAUGGAUGAUGGAUUUCCGGUGGAAUUCUGGCAUACUGAUCUCUAUUGGCUCGACACUCCAAUCUCCGUCUCCGACCCCGCUCCGGGACAGAUAAGUGCUUUCGUACCAUAUCUGCCCCAACCCGCCAUCGGAUCGGGGCAAAAAAACAAUCCCAUCGCCGCCACCUAUUCGGAGAACAUCCACAAGAGAGUGAUCAAGUACUGGAGAAAGAAGUGGCAAGAAAAAAAGAAACCAGCUGAAAUGGGAGAUCUAGAGAGAGAAAAAAGUCACCAACACAUGCUGAACGAGAGGAUGAGGAGAGAGAAACAUAGACGGAGCUAUUCUGAACUCCACUCUAUGCUCCCAAGUAAAACUAAGAACGACAAGAAUUCAAUCGUUCAAAUGGCGGCGAGGACGAUAGAGGAGCUGAAAGCCUCAGAGGGAAUGCUAAAGAAGAGAAAUAUAGAGCUGGAAAUGGCGUUAUCAGCAAAGAAGAGAAAGCAAGAGAAGGGGACGACACCAAUUAGGGUUGCAGUGGCUAACCCUUCAUCUGGGAUAAACUCUAUGCUGGGUGUUCUUAAUCUUCUCAAAACUGUUGGAGUGAAUGCCAAAGCUAUUCAUGCCACUUUCUUGGACUCUCAGUUUUCGACCCACAUCGCCAUUGAAUCUCACAUGAGAGCUGCCGAAGUGGAAAGAGCGUUGCAAAUGACGCUAAGCGAAGCAGAGAGGAAAUUUCAAAGGCAAUGCGAGGAAGGUUCCCAUGACGUAAAAGAUGGGUCCACAAUUUGAGGUCUUAAUAGACACGUUGGAAAUUUCUUUUGUUAAAAUAUAUAUUACUUUGGCGUGUCUUAUUGUAAAUAAAU